UUUUUACUCUUUCAUCAGCUACUCUUAUUUUGCAAUCGUGAAAUAUACGAUAUAACUGCAUACGUCACGCAUGGGCUACGUGAAAUCCCAAUGACAUUAGCCAGUACAGGCAUCGCAAAUAGUGUUGUUAAAUAAAAUAACAAGUGUUUUGCAACAAGCAUGUGAAGUUGUAAAAAUUGGAAGUAAAUUGAUCCCUAUUUACAAUUAUGAAUUGUGUUAAAAUCCUUCAGAAGAAUUACCUAAGACCUGUCAAUCUGGUAUUGAAGGCGAAAUACUCUCGCAGGUCAGCAAAAAGCACGAGCUCUUACAAGCUGAUAAAAUCGGAUGGAAUUAAUGCAGAUAUUGAGAAUAAUGAGUUCGAUGCUAAUCCAAAUUGGGAGCUAUUUGGGCCCAGAGGCUUCAGAUUUUACUUACCAGGUAGUACAGGCCCAGGCUGGCUGGACCAGUCAACAACUGCUCAAGUUGAGACACGUUCAGUAAUUGUAUGCAAUGAUGACGAGAUGGAAGAGAAAAACGAGAAACCAGAAACAGCUGUCAAAACAAAUAGGAGUAGUGAUCCUGUUUUGCAUUGUGUAGCACAGGAAUGCCCAAUGUUAUUAAGGAAAGGAAUAUUGGAGCUGUUCCCUGGUUGUGUCGAAGCUGCCUCUCCUCAGCUCACUAUUGUCACUAUCAGCCAGAGACUCAAUCCUAGAAUGAUCAGGUGGAGCAAAGAAAUUGAGACUGAGAGAUUAGCUAAAUUUUUUCUCCUGGCGGCCUCUGACAUCUGCACGAAAUUGAAGAUGUUCGGAUACUGGGCGGAUUUUAUAAACCCAUUUAGUGGCCAACCUUAUCUGAAUCCCCAUAAAAACGGUGCACUCUAUAAAACGGACGAGCGUUUUCGGUGUUUAGGAUUCAAAGUCGAUAAGAAAAAUGCGUGCAAACUCAUAUCGUAUGACAACACUGGAUCAGAGUUCAUUGGAAGUCUCUACACAACUGCCCCAUCCAGUACUGAAUUCCUUCGUGAUGUGAUGCAAGGCUUGUCCGACCAUUGACAUCAAAGUAAAUCUCGUCUCGUCUAAAUGCAUUAGUGGGAGUCCAGUGCAAAAAAGGCAAUAGGAGUGUAUAAAAUAUUUUUCUGAAUUACAGCAAGAACAAUAGAUGUAAAAUUACAAUAUUCAAGGAAUUCAUGCAUCGCCCUGCCAGAGUAAUAUACAAUUGAGAAUUAAAAAUAGAACUUUUAAUUUCCUCCA